UUAAAACAUUUUGUAUUUGUAUUCUGCUUUUUCGUAUUUCAAUACAUGAAGUUUGCUGUAUUGAAAUUUAAAAACAUGUAGGCCUAGUGUCAAAUCUGUGUGGGGGCGGUGGGGUGGAACAUGUAUGUGACCGUUCUCCCGUUGGAUUCGACCAUCAGCUGGAUUUCCAAGUUACAUGGGGUUGCAUCAGAUUCGAUUAUUGACUGUCUCAUGUAUGAUGGUUAGUCAUCGACAUUUGCGGUUUGUAAGACAAUAAUAUCCUGUACAAUUUCUCUUCGCACGAGUGUUUACAUAAGGGUACACCUGAUCACUUACUCAAACAUUUUGUUUGUAUAUCGAUUACAAGAGACCCAGUUGCCUGGCCGAGUUGGUUGAAGUUUUCAGCGACGGUGACCAGCCAUAAACGCUAGUGAAACCCAGUUCAGAAAGUUCGUAGAAGGAUGUUGGAAGAUAUAACGACCGGUGUAUCUUUACUAUUAGUAGCAGUCGUCUUGUUAAUAACAUGGAUGUACAGGAACAUACGGCGGCCCCCCGGAAUGCCACCUGGUCCAACACCAUACCCGAUCAUUGGAAAUGUGUCAAUAUUUAUGGGGAAUACACCACCACAAGAGAUAUUCAGAGAUAUGACGAAAAAGUACGGACCUAUAAUUUCUUUCAAAGUUGGUCCUUCCUGGGCUGUGAUAAUCAAUAAUUACGAGUUAACACAAGAAGCCUUGUUGAUGAAACCAAAUGAUUUCAGUGGACGCCCUAGUCUUCAUCUUGUGAAUUGGUUUAGUGACAAUCAACAGGAUAUUAUUUUUGCUCAACCUACUCCGAUAUGGAAGUUCCACAGAAAACUAGCUCACUCAGCUAUCAGAAAAUACGCAACUGGCAAAUAUUUGGAGAAUCUCAUAGAGGAUGUUAUACCGCGUUUACAAGCAAUCAUAACGCAGAAGGCCGGUAGUCCAUUUAAUCCUCAUGAAGUCAUCACACUUGCUGUCUAUAAUGUAAUUGCUUCAAUGUGCUUUGGUCAUAAAUAUGAAUUCAACGACACUGACUUACUUAGAUUUAUCGAGUUACAAAAAGAAAUUAAUGAAGCAUUUGGAAAUGGUACCCUUGAAGAUUUCAUUCCCAUGGCUCGGUUCUUACCAAGUCCGCAAGUCAAUACAAUUAAGAAAAGGGCUACAGAAUUUUUUGCGCUGAUUAUGAAAGAAGUUAGUCAACAUUUAAGGAGAUAUAGUCCAGAUGAACCCGCUAAUGAUCUAAUAGAGCUGUUGUUACAGGCGCAAAGAGAAGAAUCAGAAGAAAGUGAAGACAACGCAAGUAAAUUAACAGACGUACACAUCAAACAAAUUGUGUCUGAUCUUUUCAGUGCUGGUACAGACACAUCAUCAACUACCUUACUGUGGGCUAUCGGUUGUAUGGUCGACAACCCGAUUGCGCAAGAAAAAAUUAAGAAGGAAAUUGAGAACAUCAUAGGACUCGACAGACCUCCGAGAUUGAGUGACCGUGGAAAGUUACCGUACACAGAGGCUGCUAUCAUGGAAAUAAUGAGAUUUGGGACAGUGGCACCGCUUGGUGUGACUCAUCGAGCACUAAAAGACUCUUCUAUUGGCUCAUACAUGAUACCUGAAAACACAUGGGUGCUCAUAAACCAGUGGGCUCUUCACGUGGACCCGAAAUAUUGGGAUGCACCAGAGCUUUUUCAGCCAGAGCGAUUUUUGGAUGCUUCCAACUCUGUUAAGCAACGUUUACCGAGCUUCUUGCCGUUUUCCACUGGUCGUCGAGUGUGUGUUGGAGAAUCGUUAGCUAAAGCUGAAAUAUUUCUUCUUUUUACUUGGUUAAUUCAGAAUUACAAAUUCUCUAAGCCACCAGGCGUGGAAGGUCCAGCAGCGGUCGGUGGUUUCCCACAAGGGAUAAAUCUUCCAAAGCCUUACAAAGUUAUUGCUACUCCCCGGAAUGAUAUCAAAUAAUAAUAAAUUAUAACGAUGAUAUUGAUAUAUAUUAAGAGACAGGUUCCACGUAUGUCAUAAUAGUAUAAAAUGAGUACGAAUGUAAAAAGUAGAGUCGUAUACGUUGACAUAAUAGACACAAGGCAAUAUCUUAUUUCUAAUAUUUCGAGCAAGCCUGUGCUCUUCCUCAGCGAUAACAUGUAUAGCAUCAGUGAACAUUUCAAUACUAGUACGUCAUUGUCUAGGCCUACCAUUCGCUGUUCUGAUCGUGGGUAUUGUUUUACUUGCGGACACUAAGCAAGCUUAAACCUAAUGCUUAGGCUGUUUGCAAGAAGGAACAACACCAUAGAGAAAAUAGAGGUAAUUGUAUGCAUUAUGCGUUAUAUCUGCUACUAAAUCGUUUAACAUCUUUGGAGCUUAUUCCUGAUGAAUGAAAUAAAGGUAUAGUGGUUCUAUAUUUAAGAAGGGUAGCAAAUCAGAUCUAAAUAACUAUAGGGCAAUAAUGUUAAGCUCAUGUGUUGGUAAAGUUUUUAAUAAGUUGCUUUCAAAUUGUAUUUUUGAGUAUAUUGAAGAAAGUGAUUUGCUUACGGAAGUCCUGGGAGGUUUUCGAAAAACGAGGCGUUGUGAAAAUCAUGCGUUUACUUUAAAAAGCAUUGCAUCUAUUAGACAAGGUGAAGGUAAAGAUACUUAUAUGGCAUUUUUAGAUUUUCGAAAAAUGUUGAUACCGUGUGGCGUGAUAAGUUUUUAAUCAUAGCAUGGAAUGUUGGCAUAAGAGGAAAGGUAUGGUCAAUGUUAAAUAAUUUAUACGAAAAGAUUAAAAGUAAAUUUAAAUUUGGGUCAAUUGAAACUGACUAUUUCGAAGUUACAGAAGGUAAGGAUGUGUUUUGUCAACAAUACUAUUUUUAAUAUACAUUAAUGAGUUAGCAAAAUGACUUCGGUCUUCCAAAUGUGGAGUCUGCAUUAAUGAAGCGCAAAUGGGCUCUUUAUUUUUAGCUGAUGAUGUUGUACAAUUAGCAAACAAUGCCAAGGAGUUGCAGAGCAUGUUAGUCAUUGCAAAUGAUUUUAAUAAUAAAUAUAGAUUAAGGUUUAAUCAUAAAAAUCACAUGUAUUAAUUGUGGUGAAGAGGGUGAAUGAUAAAAAAUAACUCAAUUGGGUGAAGAGUAUAUUAUUGAAGUUGAUACAUACAAAUGUUUAGGCUGCACAAUAUCAAAAAAUUUGUCAGAUCACAAGCACAUAAAUGAAGUAAUGAAUCGAGGUAAUUAAAUAACAGGGUAUAUUUAAUUUAUCCUAAACGAUCAAGAUGAUUUUAACCGCGUUUACUACGGGGACAUUCUAUGGAAGGCUAUUGGUAUUUUCACAGUUAAUUAUGCUUGUUGAACGUGGUCUGGAGGUAAAAAUGAUAUUGAACUUUUAGAACAUUUACAACUAAAUAUGGCCAGAUUUACACUUAAAGCGACAAGAUACACAAGCAAAAGGGGUGGAAUUACGAUAGCAAAUUCUUGUGACAAUGCAAGCGUAUAACGUUUGUAAAAAGACCUGUAAACGUUGAAACCGAUCAGCGGUCACUUAAAGCACUAGAAGCAAUGUUAAAUGCUGGGUUAAAAAUAUUAAAUGGAGUUGGUUAAAACAAA